AUGUCUUCUUCAGCUGUUGGGUCUGAUGCUUGUAGUAACAGCUCUAUUGCUGUCUUAGAUCCUGAUGAAAUAUUUAUUUCUUGCCUCACAGCAUCUCUUGUUCCAUUAUAUCGUGGCAGUCAAGGGAUACAACUAUUGCACAAAGUUGAAUUUUUGGCUGUUCUUGAUCCAUCACAAAGCUUAUGUAAGGUUCUUGAAGCUUGUGACAGUACUGCACAGGGCUUAUCUUUGGACUCCGGUAGCAGCCCUGAUUGGAGACCAAUUGUUACUAGAAAAGAGGGCUUCUUCCAUUAUGGUACUGUGCGAUUGUACAUACCUACGGUAAUAUGUGAAAAGGUUGCCACAUAUGCAGCUGUAAUAUGCCAGAAAGAAUCAUCGAGCAACGUUCGGAGGCUACUCUUUAGCAAGGUAGAUGCGGAAGAGCUCGGUUCCUUGCUCAAAGCUGGGACAUUUGUUGAUACAGUCUUCUCCUUAGAUCCCUAUGACUAUCAGCAACACGCAGGGAGAUUGAUUGCUAAAAAAAUUGACCAUUAA